GGAGGAGUUAGGGGAGCUUGUUUCCGUUGCUGUGGAACCGUUUGUGUGAAUGAGAGGAGAGAUACAAGAGAAUGGCCGCAAGAGAGAGAAUUUUGUUUGGGGAUAAUGCCGUUGAAAUGGAAACCAUGGAAGAAGAAGAUUUUGCUGUUUCAAAUUCGUCCGAUGCAAAUGCUGCAUUCGACACUGUUGUCGGAUACAUAGAGGAUAUAAUGAUGGGUGAUGAGUUUCAACAGCUCCAGAGAAACUUUAUGGAAAAGCAUUACCUGGAGUUUGAAGAUUCCGAGGAGAAUAAAUUGAGCUACACACCCAUCUUCAAUGAGCAUAUCGAUCUGCUGGAAAAGUAUAUUGAACAGCAGCUGACAGAAAGGAUGCCUGGGUUCAGCAUGUCAGCAUUUACCACAUCGUUACAACAGCAUAAAGAUGAGAUAGCGGGAGACAUAUUUGACAUGCUUCUGACAUUCACCGACUUCCUGGCUUUCAAAGAAAUGUUUCUUGAUUACAGAGCUGAGAAAGAAGGGCGAGGUUUUGACCUCAGUGGUGGCCUGGUAGUGAGAUCAUUAACAACAUCCUCUUCUGCGUCCUUAACUGUAAACAACUGCCUGUCCUUUCAGUGACGUUUGACACACGUUUAGUUAAACACGGACUUGUAAACUCGUGCAUUGCAAUACGUGACUCAUAAACUGACGUUCAUAUUUGAUGUAUGAGCUUUCUGUCCCCCAGAGACAUGUAAAAAUAAUGUAGGUAUUGAUAGGGGAACAAGUCCAUCUUCAUAUUUUUUUUCCUUCAAAUAAUUGUAAGGAUGGAAAUAAGACUCCCAUUGCAUAGCAGUUUGAUCCAAACCUGGUUUCAUGAUGAGUUUAAGACAACACAUCUGAAUUUGUUAUCUAUACAGUGUUGCAAAUCAAGCUUUUGUUAAAACCUGGAAUGGGUGAAACUGCUAUGCAAUAGGAGUCUGAUUUCCACCCGAAUUGGUGGAUUCAGCAUGGAUUGUGCUGAUGCUUUUAUUUUGUAUAAUGCCUCACAGACCAUUGGCAUUUCAUUUAUAUAAUAUAUCUAUUUUUCACAACAGCAGACUACAUUACUACCAUGGUUAAUCUACAUACACCAGUAUUAUCUUUGGACAAUUAUGUUUAUUUGGAUAUUUAGUGUUAACAAUAGCAUUGAUCAAUUGAAGCACAUUGAGGGGGAAGAGGUUGCCUCAUUUUCUUUGUAUUCACGUUUAUGGACUGUAAGCAAUUGUAAGCACAGUGAACAUCAACUGUGUAAUUAAUAAGAGGAAAGAGUUAAUAUAACUUUCAUUUAAUAGUUUGAUAUGCUUGAGUGUGAUCUCUAUAUCUCUUAAACUGUAUGUAUGCCUGUAGCUUUAAUUGUGUAGAUACUUGUUAUUAGAAUUGCAUUGCUUGGUGUAUUUUCUUGUAUAGGUCUAUUUAUGUGAAGGGUUGAACUUAUAUAGACACAAUAUGAUUUGGAAUAAAAUGGUCACAAAGUA